CCCCACGUAAAAUACCGAGGCAGGCCGCCGAGGGCCGCGCGUCAGUCGCGCGCUGGCCGCCGUCGAGACCGCUUCGUGAGCCUGCGCUCUUCCGACUUCACACUGUCUCCUUCACCGUAGAUCGCGGAAAAUGGCCGAAGAAGAAGCUGCUCUCGCACUGAACUCAAUAACCCAGGCGAACAAUCAGUUCACUUUCGAUCUCUACAAUGUACUGGCACAAGACUCGGGCAAUCUGUUUUUCUCUCCUGUCAGUAUACACGUAAUACUCGCCCUCAUAUUUCUUGGAGCGAGAGGUGAUACAGCCAAGCAGAUUGCGAAGGGACUUCACCUGCCUGAGGAAAGGAAUCUUACUGAAUAUGGUGUCAACGCCUUGAUGCACCGAUUGAAGGUUAGUGUACAGGAUUCUAGCUACGUAACACUUGACAUAGCCAACAAGGUGUAUCUGAAACCAGGUUUCAAUAUUAAAGAUGAGUUCAAUCAGUCCUCAAUCAAUUUCAUGGCUGGUUUGGAAGAAGUGGAUUUUUCAAAUGAAGACGAGGCCCGAAAAAUAAUAAACGGCUGGGUGGAAGAAGCGACACACCAAAAGAUAAAGGAUAUGAUUCCAAAAGGUUACCUAGAUGAUCGUACCUUGAUGGUGUUAAUCAACGCCAUUUAUUUCAAGGGUGACUGGGCCAAGCAGUUUAACAAAGUUCGCACGAGACGGAUGCCUUUCCACUUACUUUCAAGUGCAACAAAACAAGUGGACAUGAUGUACACUGAGGGCGAUUUCAACUACGUGUAUUUGAAGGAGUUGGACUCGCAAGUUCUUCUGCUUCCUUACAAGGGACAGAGAAUCAGUAUGAUGAUACUGUUACCCAAAGAAGUAAAUGGCUUGCCAACUCUGGAAAAAAACCUUCUUAGUAUAGAUCUGCAUCAUAUUCUGCGUCAAGUGUACGAAACAGAAGUACAUGUCUAUUUGCCGAAAUUCAAGCUGGAAUACGAGAAGGAGCUUCAGGAAACGCUAAGGAAACUUGGCAUAACGUCCGUCUUCGAACCAACGGCAGACCUGGGUGGUAUCAGUGAUUUGCCCCUAGAAGUGAGCAAAGCUCUGCACAAGGCGUUUAUUGAGGUUAACGAAGAAGGCACAGAAGCAGCAGCUGCAACAGCUGUUCUUUCGGAGAAGAUCGACUCUGUUGAUGAAAAGCCACCGCGCCCAGUCAUUUUCAAGGCCGACCGUCAGUUCAUGUUCUUCAUAGUGGACCACCAGUCUUCGGCAGUACUCUUCGCGGGACGAUUUGCUGGUCCUCCCGCUCCUACACCAUCCGAAGCGGCUGCAUUUGCACAACAAUUCCCCGAACAUCAAUUCGCUUGGGGUCCAUUACCUGUCGCUGCCAAUAACAGUAAGCCACACAGUCUUCAGGGCUGAUCAUCCAUUCGUAUUCCUCAUUCUGGAUACUCAGACGAAGACUGUGCUCUUCGCAGGACGGUAUUCCGAGCCUGCAUCAUAACCUAAAAUGAAAUAUAUCAAUUUUGGGACAUUUACGUUCCGCAGCCUGAUGGAUGUCGAUGGAAGAACAUUUGCCGACAGUUGGAUUUUUAAUUGACGGACUCUAUGCAAGUUUGUUUAAAAGAAUGUGAAAAAGUAAUAAAUGUUUAUGAUUUGUUUCAUUUAA